AAUACAGAGGGUUUGUGUGUGAGAGAGCUGAAACCUGCUGCCCAGUCCAAUUCUCACCUCGCUGUGGUGUGUCCGCUCCUCACACCUGACAGUCCCCUCCGUCUCCCAUCAAACAUGAAAGACACGAAGCUGCCACCACAACUACCACCGCCCUCCAGCACCUUCAGCCUCCCUAGCCGACCGCACGACAGCUACUUCCCUGACAACUGGGCCGCCUGGCAAUCCCGCCAGCCCAUUGGCGCCCAGCCUUGUCAAUCACAGUCCGCUCACUCGCGAUUGGAUCCCGGGACUCGGGGAUGUCCAAUUGGCCGGCAUCUGUGCAGCCCUAUGCUGAAGUGCUAG